ACCAUCCUGCACAGAGGAAGCAGAACUGUCACAAGAUAAGGAGCGCUAAGCUAAAGCCCCUGAAAAGAAGCCCCAGUAAAAUCUGUGUCAUUCAGCAAACUUCCUCUGAAAAGGAUUACAACAGGAUAAAGUAGGGGCAGUUUUCUUGCCUGGUAAGAGAAGGCAGUGGCGUAAUGAAGAAGCAGCUUAUCACCCACCUUGUAGGCUUUUGCUGGCUCGUUUGCUUCAAGGGGACUCAGCAUUUCUCCAGUGCUGUGAACAGGUGCGAUGAUCCAAUGCUGUGCCCUGAUCAUGCAACGUGCACCGAUGCUCUCCAGGGCUACUACUGCACCUGCCAACGUGGGUUCGUAUCCACUUCGGGGGCCACGGAGUUCACCGAUCCAGCCGUCCAUUGCAAAAAGGACAUGUGUGCAGCUUCAUCUGUCUGUCCUGCUUUUGCAACCUGUGAAAACAUCCCUGGGAGCCACCGCUGCGCCUGCAAACGUGGGUUUGCAUCUAGCUCUGGGGAGCAGUACUUCACUGAUCGAAAAGUGAAGUGCAACGAUAUUGACGAAUGUUCCCUGGACCCAUCGCUCUGCGGCCCCAGCACCGUGUGCACCAACAAACUGGGCAGUUAUGCCUGCAAGUGUCCCCCAGGCUACCUCCCCCCGAGCCAGCCUGGCAUCCCGUUCAGCUGCACAGAUAUCAACGAGUGUCUGGAUCUGGCAUCAUGUCCUGCGUCCGCCACCUGCACCAACACCCCAGGAAGCCACUUCUGCACCUGCAAUACCGGCUUUGCAUCCAGUUCUGGGGAGCUGCGCUUCACUGAGCCAGCAGCGCAGUGCAACGAUAUUGACGAAUGUUCCCGGGACCCAUCGCCCUGCGGCCCCAGCUCUGUGUGCACCAACACACUGGGCAGUUACGCUUGCACGUGUCCCCCAGGCUACCUCCCCCCGAGCCAGCCUGGUAUCCCGUUCAACUGCACAGAUGUGGAUGAAUGUGCCCCAAACCCUGCAAUCUGUGGGCCCAAUGCCUCCUGCAUCAACACACCUGGGAGCUACACCUGCCAGUGCUCACCAGGGCACCUUCCGUCCACACCAGGGCCGUGGGUACCUGGAACAACCCGCUGCACAGAUGUCGCUUCAAACGAUCCGGUGAGGAAAUGCCACAACCGAAGGCUAGACGCGGCUCACGGCUCAUCCCCAGACAAUGCUGCCUUCUGCACUUUAUUGACCUCCACCUUCAGCGUCUUGGGAGACCCCUAUGAAAGGAAGAACUCCACCAUCUCUCUGGUGAAAGCCGCUGCGGGAUUUGCCUCCAUCCUGGAGCAGACGCCCUCCUGGUCCAACCUGAGCACGGAGCAGCUCUCCACCAUGGCCACUGUCUUCCUGCAGAGCGUGGAGAGCAUCGUGCUGGCUGCCUUCGCCAACCCCGCCGGGAAUGGGAGCCAGACCAUCCAGAUGGAACAACUGGAUGUCCAGACCAAAGUCAUUGAGGACGGCUGCCCCAGAAAGGACUCAGUCAUCAGCCUGGAAGUCAAAGGGGAGACCAUGAAGAUUAGCUGCAGAACAAUCCAGGGAACAGUGGCACGAGGUACGUCACCACCACCAGAGGGUGUGAGAUGGAUUUCCCAGGCUUGCUUCUCAGCUGCCCCAUUCAGGAUGGGAAUGGGCUCCCCCAGCCCUCACCACCAAGUGGCAAUAUUGCACAGCCCGGGCUGGAGUGGCGUUUGCCUCCUACGUGGGCAUGGAGUCCAUCCUGAAUGGCAGCUUCUUCCAUGGCCAAAGGGCCACCUCAGUCUGGAUGAAUUCCAGGGUGGUGAGUGCCGUCCUGACCAGCCAGACCAAGACCGAUUUCCUGGAUCCAGUCAACUACACCUUCCAGAACAUCAUGCCAAGCAGCAGCCCCGACCAGCUCAUCUGCGUCUCGUGGGAGGCCACGGCCUGGCAUGGCAGCUGGGCUCAGGCAGGGUGCGGGGUCCUACACAGCAAUGCCACUCACACCACGUGCAGCUGCAAUCACGUCUCCAACUUGGCUGUCCUCAUGGCAUCGGGGGAGAUAACGGCUUCCCACUGUUCCUCGUCUCCCACAUCGGGCUGGCCCUCUCUCUGCUGUGCCUCUUCCUCGCCAUCCUCACCUUCCUCCUGAGCCGUUCCAUCCGCAACGUGAACACCUCCAUCCACCUGCAGCUCUGCCUCUGCCUCUUCCUGGCCGACCUGCUCUUCCUCACCGCGGUGGACAGCCCCGGCCAUCAGCUGGCGUGCACCAUCAUUGCUGGCCUCCUGCACUACCUCUUCCUGGCCUGCUUCGCCUGGAUGUUCCUGGAGGCCGUGGUGCUCUUCCUCACCAUCCGCAACCUCGGGGUCGUCAACUAUUUCAGCACCCACAGCCCCAAGAUGCGGCACCUGAGCCUCUUCGGCUACGGCUUCCCCACCCUGGUGGUGGCCGUCUCGGCGGUGGUUAUGCCGGAGGGCUACGGCAGGCAGGAAAACUGCUGGCUCAGCAUGGAAAAGGGGUUCAUCUGGAGUUUCCUGGGACCGGUGUGUGUCAUCAUCGGGAUUAAUUCCAUCCUUUUUGCCUUAACCCUCUGGAUGCUGCAGAGAAAGCUUUCCAGGCUCAACACUGAUGUGUCCACCCUCAAGGACACCAGGCUACUGACCUUUAAAGCCAUCGCCCAAGUCUUCAUUCUGGGCUGCACGUGGAUUUUCGGUCUCCUUCAAGUCGGCCCAGUUGCCACUGUCAUGGCGUAUUUAUUUACCAUCAUCAACAGCCUGCAGGGAGCCUUCAUCUUCCUGGUGCACUGUCUCCUCAAUCGCCAGGUGCGGGAGGAGUAUAAGAGAUGGUUCACCUGCAAACCCAAGUCCUACAUUUCCGACGUCUCCAUGUCUACUUUAGCCACCAGCAGCAAAGCGGGCUGACGGUCUGGCCGGGAGGCAGGAGAUGCUGUUGCGCCAUAGGAGAAGGAAGAGCUUAUUGCAGAACUUGAAUCCGCCUUCUUUAAAAUGCUUGCAGGAUCAGAACUUCGAAACUAACCUCCCAGCUGUCUAGGCUGGAGUGUGAUCCCGGGGUUAAAGCAGUCGGCUGGGAAGGGGAGUGGGGUGUGAGGAUUAGAGCUGGGGGUGCUGGCAGUCAGGACUCCUGGGUUCUUCUACCCCCGGCUGUGGGGUCUAGUAGUUAGAACAAGUUACACUCCCUAGACAGUGGCACAUAUAGCUUAGUCCAGCCCUGGUCCGCUGCUCCUUUUCUGAGAUUCCCUUUCUCCUUAUUUAUUGUGGGUUUUUUCCCCCAAUCCUUCAGUCCCCCGAAAUCUGAGCAGGUUUUUGCAUGUCUGUGCCAUUUCAAUACUGUAAAAUGAGUUUGAUUUUGAAUGCA